AUGGGUAAUGAAGAUCACAUCUUCAAGGAGGGCCCUCGGUCUGUGGCUGGUCCCUGCCAGUUCUCUCCUCUCCUCCGGGUCAAGAUGAACCACUUCCGCUGGCCUCAUUACGGCAAGCUCAUCAAAGACGAGAUGCUGUCCGUCAGCGUGUACAACUGCAGCAAGGUCUUCAGCAACAGCAGGGGAGGGGGCAAGAGUGGAGAGGGAAGGUGUCACAGCUCCCUCAGUCACUCCUCUGCACUCUGCGGGGAGGCAAUCUACAUUGAGCUGGAUGUGCGGUAUCACCCUGUGGAAGGUGCGGCAGGCAAUUGGGCAGAAGACGACUUCCUGUUCUACGAGGAAGCUGACAACUCUGGACUCGUCAUCAGAAACGUCGGCUUCUCCGAGCCUGGGACCAGGCAGGCGAUCCGGCCGGAGCGGCUCCACCGCGAGACGCGGAAGCUGGGCCGGAGCCUGGUGAAGACCGGCGAGGAGGACGACGAGGACGAGGACGACGACGACGACUACGACACGGCGGACCUCGAGUGCGCCAACAUGACCUUCACCGCCAUCCUCAGCCGCUGCAGGUUCCUCUCCAGGCACGAGCUGGCCACGGUUCCCAGAGUGCAGAGCUUCCAGGUGAACGUCAACGUCAUCGAGGCGCAGAAGCUGGUGGGAGUCAAUAUCAACCCGGCUGUGUACGUGAGGGUGGGGGAGGAGAAGAAGCACACGGCCACCCAGAAGUCCACCAACUGCCCCUUCUACAAUGAGAAUUUUAUGUUUGAGUUCCAGGAGACCCAGGAGGUUCUCUUUGACAAAGUUAUUGAGAUUUCAGUGGUUCACAAAAAGACCUUGGCGUUCCUGAUGACCCGGAUCGGAACCUUCAAGAUUGACAUCAGCACAGUCUACAACCAGCCAGACCACAGGUUCUACCAGAAGUGGGCCCCCAUCACAGACCCGAAAGACACACGGACAGGGAUCAAAGGUUACGUGAAGUGCACAAUCAGCGUGGUGGCCAAGGGGGACUCCAUGGGCAUACCCAGCAUCCCCACCGCGGGCAGCCAGAACGAAGACAUUGAGAAGAACCUCCUCCUGCCCAAGAGGAUGCCGGCGGAGCGGCCCUGGGCCAAGUUCGUGGUGAAGGUCUACAAGGCGGAGGGGCUGCCCAGCAUGAACUCUGGCUUCAUGGGCAGCUUCUCCAAGAUGAUGGGCGAGAAGAAGGUCUUCAUCGACCCCUACGUGCAGGUCACGUUCGCCGGCCAGCAGGGUGAGACGAGUGUGGAGAGUGACACCAACGCCCCCGAGUGGAACGAGCAGAUCUCCUUCAUCGAGCAGUUCCCCCCGCUGGCCCGCAGGAUCAAGGUCCAGGUCCUCGACGAUGCCAACAUCGGGGACGUCGCCCUGGCCACACACUUCCUGGACCUGCACCAGAUAUCCGACCCCACCAGGAAUGGGUUCCACCCCACCUUUGGGCCUUCCUGGAUCAACCUGUACGGGUCCCCGCAGAACUCGGUCCUGAACGACAUCCACCGGGAGCUGAACGAGGGGCUGGGCCAGGGCAUCUUCUACCGCGGGCGCAUCCUGCUGUCGCUGGCCGUGGAGGUGUACUCUUCGCCCACCGCCGUGGUGGAGAACAAGGCCAUGGCCGCCGUCAAGAGCACCUUCAGCAGGCUCACCCUCAAGAAGAAGAGCAAGAAGUCCAAGGAGAAGAAGAAGAAGGACAAGGAAGUGGCGCAGGGGCGCAGUGGUCCGGAGGAGGAACCCGAGGACUCCAGCUCGGAGGUGCCCGGGGCAGUCACUGUGGAGGUGGAGGAGACUCACCCCCUCCCCGAGAACUUCCUGGGGGAGAAGGAAGAGUUUCUCCUGUUCGCCUCUCUCUUCGAAGUGACGAUGAUCGACCCCUCCGUAGGCGCCAAGCCCCUCACCUUCGAGCUGUCCAUCGGUAACUACGGCAAGGCCGCGGACGUGGUGGUGAAGUCCAAGAAGAGGGCGGCCAGGGAGGCGCAGGGGGAGGACCGGCAGCCCCUGCUGGAGGAAUCCGAGGACGAGCUGGAGCGCGUGGAGGUCAGCGCCCCCGGGAGCAGAGACAGGUCCGUCACGGGCCCCCUGAAACCACAGCCCACGGAGUACGACAGGUCUUUUAGCUGUGUCCCCCUGCUGUAUGAGAAGCCCUGUCUCUACGUGUGGAACUACUGGGAAGACUACAACUUCCGCCUCUACGCGACCAAUUGGCUUUCCAAGAUGGCCGACAGACUGGAGCAAGGCAUUGACGAAGUGGAGAAGCUCUUGAAGAGGCCGAAGAGCAGAGCCAAGGAGCGGCUGGUGGACGUCCUGCUGGAGUUUGUGGCCAGCUGCAAGCAGUACAGCUCCCGUGCGGACAAGAAGACAAUGACCCGACCCAACAACCUGGACAGGUCCCGGCUGGAGUUCCUGAAGAAAAGCAUCGUCAUGCUGGCCAAGCAGGCACUGCGUGUGCGCCGGAGAGUCACCAACAGGACCGUGAGGGAGAAGCUGGGAGAUGUCAGGAAGAUCUUGCGGAAGAUACGAUUCUAUUCCAAGGAGCCCCAGAGCACGCUGCCGGACGUGUUCCUGUGGAUGAUCAGCAGCGGGAGGCGGGUGGCGUACGCCCGGAUCCCCACGCACUCCGUCCUCUACUCCGUGGUGGAGGAGGAGAAGGGCAAGGACUGUGGGAAGCUGCACACUGUCUACAUGAAGGUGCCCGGGGGGCCUGUGGGGGAGAUCUUCGCCAAGCUGGAGGUGUACGUGUGGCUGGGUGUGACCAAGUAUGUGAAGAACAGCCUCAGCAGCCUGCCGGCGGACUUCAGACCUCUGUAUGAGGAGGCCACCUACACCACCCUACUGCCCAUGAGCAUGCCCCCAGCCAGACUGUCCUGCGAGGAUAGUCGCUACUUCCAACUGCGCGCCCACCUGUACCAGGCGCGGGGCAUCCUGGCCGCCGACGACAAUGGGCUCUCCGACCCCUUCGCCAAGGUGGUCUUCUCCACUCAGUGCCAGGUGACCAAGGUGUUAGAGGAGACUCUCUCCCCGACCUGGAACGAGCUGCUGCUGUUCGACCCGAUCCUGAUGGAGGGCAGUAAGGAGGACCUGAGAAGCGACCCCCCCGUCAUCAUCAUCAGCAUCUACGACUAUGACAAGUUUGGCAGCCCGGAGUCCAUCGGCCGAGCCUUCGCUGACCCGGAGCUGAAGUUCACCGAGGAGCCCUACAAGAAGCCCUCGCUGCAGUUCUUCGACAUCAGCAAGGGCAAGGCGCAGGCGGGGGAGCUGCUGGCCGCCUUCGAGCUCAUCGAGCUGGACUACUCCGGCUUCGGGGAGCCCUCUCUCCCGGCGGACGUGGACCCCAGGGAGCCCGAGUACCUGCCUGAGGAGAGGCAUUACAUCAUCCCCCAGGGAGUCCGGCCCGUGCUGAAGAAGUUCAGGAUCGAGGUGCUGUACUGGGGUCUGCGGGACCUGAGGCGGGUCAACCUGUUCGAGGUGGAGCGCCCCCAGGUCCGGAUGGAGUGCUCGGGGCAGAGGAUCGAGUCCGAGGAGAUCCAGAGCUACAAGCUCAACCCCAACUUCAGCCAGAUCGUCAAGCACUUCGACGUGGAGCUUCCGGAGCUGGUGUACCUGCACCCCCCCCUCACCAUCUUCGUCUUCGAGCGGCGCGCGUUCGGCCGGCUGGUCCUGGUGGGCACCCACGUGGUCCAGACCCUCAUGCACUUCGCCCCCAAGGAGCUGGACGAGUGGAAGGAGGAGGCGGAAGAGGAGGAGCCUGAGGCAAGGAAACCGCCGAAGAAGGUGACUCCUCUGAACACCAUGAUCAACAUGGACCUGCAGGGGCUGUCCGUCAGAGACACCAAAAUCCCCAUCAACCCCAUCAACCUGGUGACGGCUCCCCUGAAGAAAGUUCCCCUGAAGAUUCUGAAGGAGGAGGAACUAGAGGAAGAGGAGCCGGAGAAGGAGGAGCUGGAUUGGUGGUCGAAAUACUACGCUUCAUUGGCUGAGUUGGAGAACCAGAAUGCAGAGGAUGACGAGGAAAAUGAAGAACAAAAUGAAGGAGAUGGUGGAAAUUUAAACUUGGCUGCAAUAGACGCAGAGGAGGACAACGUGAUCAUUGAGGUGGAGCCCCCCAAACCGAAGAGGAAGAUGAUAGCUACCCUGAGGCUUUACAAAUCGGAGCUGGAGCAGGAGUUCGAGGACUUCAUGGACUGGCUGCACACUUUCCCCAUCUUCAAAGGGAAGGCCAACUGCGAGAACGAGGAAGAAGACGAGGAAGAGCGAACCAUGGGGAAGUACAAGGGCUCCUUUUUGAUUUAUCCCAUUUCAAAAGAAGACGAGGAUGCAGAAUGUCAGAUUACCAAAGGGAUCCCCAAAAACGUGCCCAUCAAGGUCCUGGUGAGGGUGUACAUGGUGAAGGCCACCAACCUGGCUCCCACAGACCCCAACGGCAAGGCAGACCCCUAUGUGGUGGUGAAGGUGGGCCAGCAGCACCUGGACAGCAAGGAACGCUACAUCCCCAAGCAGCUGAACCCCGUGUUUGGAGAGGUCUUCGAGCUGACGGUGUCCUUCCCCCUGGAGACGGAGCUCACCCUCGCCGUGUUCGAUCACGACCUGGUGGGCUCGGACGACAUGAUCGGGGAGACCCGGAUCGACCUGGAGAACCGCUUCUACAGCUGGCACAGGGCGGGCUGCGGCCUGGCUCUCUACUACGACAAGGAAGGUUACAAUCAGUGGCGAGAUUCAAAAAAGCCAUCGGCCAUCCUGGCUGACCUGUGCCGGAAGAAUGGUAUCCCUUCUCCAGAAUACCGGGAGUCAGAAGUGAAAGUCCUCAACAAGAUAUUUAAAGUCCCUAAUGAGGCUUUUCCUGAAGAGUUGGUGAAGAAGAAUAAGAAGACAGAGGAGGACCUGAACGAGCUGGACGAGCACAAGGCCCUGUGUGUGCUGCAUCGCUGGGGUGAGAUGAGGGAGUUCUGUGAGGGCGCCUGCAACCUGGUGCCUGAGCACGUAGAGGUCCGCUCACUGCUCAACGCCGAGAAACCUGGUCUGGCACAGGGUUACGCUCACAUGUGGAUCGACAUGUUUCCUGUAGAUGUCCCGGCCCCGCCCCCUGUCAAUAUCAAACCCCGCCUCCCCAUCAGCUACGAGCUGCGCGUCAUCGUGUGGAACGCAGACGACGUCGUUCUGGAUGACGUGAAUCCCUUCACCGGGGAGCCUUCCAGCGACAUCUAUAUAAAAGGCUGGAUAAAAGGACUCGAGGACGACAAGCAGGAGACGGACGUCCACUUCAACUCGCUGACGGGGGAGGGCAACUUCAACUGGAGGUUCGUCUUCCGCUUCGACUACCUGCCCACGGAGAAGGAGAUCACCUACAAGAAGAAGGAGUCCAUCUUCUCCCUGGAGGAGUCGGAGUUUCGGCAGCCCGCCGUGCUGGUGCUCCAGGUGUGGGACUACGACCGCAUUGCCGCCAACGACUUCCUGGGCUCCAUCGAGCUGAGGCUGAACGACAUGGUGCGGGCGGCCAAGUCCUCGACGCAGUGCAGCGUCAAGAUGGCCAAGGACAAGGCCAGCCCCCGCUUCUCCAUCUUCAGGAGCAAGAGGAUGAAGGGCUGGUGGCCGCUGAUCAAGCUGAAGAGCCAGGAGGACAUCGAGCGCGAGGAGCGGGAGGCCGAGGAGGCCCGGAAGAACAAGAAGAAGAAGAAGAAGAGGAGCAAGCGGGGCGAGAUCAAGCCGGAGGACCUGCAGUUCGUGGACGCCAGCGGGAACACCUUUGUCCUGAUGGUAGGUCAAAGCGGAAACCGCAGGCUUGGGCUUCGGUUGGACCAGAAGUGGAGUCCGCGUGCUUCGCAUUCAUAACGAGAGUGAUGGCGCAGGCGGGAGGUUUAGGGAAAGUUUUGGAUUCCUGCAUGGGGAUGCCUGCGAUGGCGCAGGUGGAAAGUU